AGUGAGCUCUUUAUCAUUUAUUAUCUCAAGAGUCUCAUCAAGUUCAAGUAAACUCGAUUUCAAUUUUCGGCACAAGAAAGAAGAUGCAAGAAUUGAAAAGGUACGUAUCUCGUUAAAGUUUUAUUUCACUGCUCUUGCCCCACAAGCACGAGUCUAGUGUUGCUCGUUUUUUUCGUGAAAAACAUAGCGAAGAUGCUAGCUCCUUCGCUUACGGGCGCCGAUCAGGCGUCUGUCCAGGCCUUGCAGUUGAGUCGUGACGAAAGCACGUUUUUCUUGCCGCAAAUGCUGCAAAUGCAGCCUUUGGGACAUCCGGGGCUUCCACCCGCCGCCCGCGCUGCAGUGUUUGCGGCCGCCAGCGAGCACGCGAUCCAAGAAAUGAAGGCUGUCUACCGCCGCCUCGAUCGCGACCUUGAGCAGCUUCGCGCCAACGCGAUGGAAGCCAAUUUGCUGAAUGCCACUGCGCAGGCUGCAGUGCGUGCGGGUCGUCGAGCCGCCCUCGCAUCCAUGCCUUUGAAGGAACUGUCGAGUUUGAAAUCGCUUGUCGACCAAGCAGUGGCUGAAGUCGAACAUGAUUCGAGAAAGGUCAAGCUAGGGAGUGGUUUUCUCGGCGCAAGGAAUUCAAUUCCCCCAACAGGUCCUUUUAAGGGUAGUAUAUCACUAUCCCAGGUGAACUAUGCCUAGUGGAGUCCUCCUUGAUUUAAAGGGGAAGAUGAGGGGUAAAAAGGGGAACGCACUCGACUUGGGAUAGUGACAAACUGCCUUUAAUCCUUUGCCCGGUGGGAUGAUGGUAGAUAACAAUCCUCUUCGAUUGGAACCUGGAGCCACUCGUCGUCCUCCAAGCGGUAUAGCGCCGAACGACGAGCUUCAAAAGCUGGAUGAGUUACGCGUUCGCGCAGAACGACUGGCAAAGCGGUUAGGGAACGAAAAUGAUGCCGCAGGACGAUUUCGGCGCAAUUUUGGGGAGCCACUAGAAGCAGAGCUAGCGAAAAUGCGGAACAGAUAUUCGGGUCUAGAUCAAAAGCGUAUCGAAUUGUCUUUACAUACGUCGCAGUCUCAAGCUCAAGGGUCGCAGCCUCAAACUCAAGGAGGACCUAGAAGUACCACUACACUUGGUUCUGCUCCACUAUGGCCAUUUGGUGUUGACGAAGCAGCGACGGAAGAGAUGAUCAUGGAUGAUACGCCAGUGCAGACUCAGAUAGCGAAGCGUAAAUUUUUUGCAAGAAAGUUCGGACAAGAAAGCCCAGCAGCAAACAACCCGGCGUCGUUUUCUACACCUGGUUCUACGCAACAAAAGCAGCAUGCCGUAAAACUUCUGCAGCCAGGCCCUUUUGGCGACUUCGACAGGGCGGCUUUGCUAGAACAGCGACCCUCGGGAGUGCUAGGCGAUCAACACGUUGGCCCGGCCGAGAUGGCGCGCAUGCAGCGGCGACACGAAGAGGCGCAGAUAAGCGAUCUUCGGACUCGUGCGAGGCGUCGGUCACUAGGCAUGGGGGAUGAUGUUGACGAGGAGAUUGCAGCUAGGGUUCCUCCUAAAGAGCGAUACUCAAAAGACUACAAUGCUGCUCUUGCGAGUCUACGCGACGCGAAGUUUUUUUAGCGACAGAAAACACUGUUACCGUAGUUUGAUUUAUAUACUAGCACCGCUCACUUCAAUGGCAUUGGCAAGUUUUCUUGCAGACUUUCAUGUAUUCACGAUGAAAUAAAGCAAGAGCACCGCAAUACGUGCCACUUUGUUGUGAUAAAAUCCGCCGAACCAUAAAGAAUCGAU